AUGGAAAUAUCAAAUGUAAUCGAUUUUCAGCUGAUCACUGAUGCAGCUCAAAUGUUCUUCGAUCCUCGUAUACAUGCAAUCGAUCAUCGUGCUCAAUCUAUUUUAGAAACAUCUACAGCUAUUGUUACAUCAAUUGCAAAAGCAAUAGAAGUUAUAGGUGAUGGUGAUUGCGGGUUUCACAGCUUCCAAGUUUUUUAUCCUUCGAUGAGUCAAUUAUACAAUUCUCUAGCAUCUCAACAUGGAUUUGAUUUAGUAGAUGAUGAAACGGUGCAAGAGCACGCCUUAAGAAUCUUAGAUAAUGGCGAAUAUGCUGGUAUUCUCACGCUUUCAGCAUUAGCAUCCGUAUUCGAGCGUGUCGUAGACUCAGUUUAUCCAACCAUCAAUGAUAAUGAUCCAUACACUAACCUGUUGAACACUAACUUUCAACCUCGACCAGCAUCACUAGCCAUUAAUGAUGACUACAGAGCUUUUCAUCUUCGCAUUUUGUGGUCUGGUCCAGAAGCCACGGUUGGUCAUGAUUGGCGUCCCAAUCAUUUUGUACCAUUACUUUAUACAAAAUGCGUUGCUGAUAAUACAGUGCAAGAAAAUGAUUCUUCUACACAUGAAAUAACUGAAAAAUCUUCCCUGCUUGCAGUCAAUCAAAAUUCAAGAAAAGUUACAACUCAAACGAAAAGAGAUGAAAUUGAUACAACAGAAUCCAGCAUCACAUUUCGAUCUUCUGACUUGUUAAUUAGAUUUCUUGGCACAACUGAUAUCAUUAAACGAAUUAUUUAUUCAAACCAAAGUAACAUUCUCGAUAUUCCCCGAAGAUGGUAUCCAAAUCUUCCGUCUAUAUCAUCCGAAAUUCCGAGAAUAACAGGUGUUCAAUAG